GCGCGACUCUCUGCAGCAGCGCGUUUAGCAGAUCCUAGGGCCUCACGCAUCAUAACAGAUCGCGCAUCGCUGCGGCGACCACGAAUUAUGGCCGACAGCACGAAUGAGGCCACCAAACCGAUCGGCUGGCUCCCCUUAGAGUCGAACCCCGAAGUCCUGAACCCCUUCUUGUGGAAGUUGGGCGUGCCGGGUGAGUGGGGCUUUUGCGAUGUCUUCGGAUUGGACCCCGAGCUGCUGGCCAUGGUCCCGCGGCCGUGCAUGGCUUUGUGUCUGUUGUUUCCGUGUGCGAAGAUCGCGAAGGAGCGGAGACCGGCUCUGCGAGCAGCUCGACGGGAUCGAGUGGAAGCUGAUAAAGCGGAUCCCGACAAUGACGAAGCACGUAUUCGUAACGAGGCGGAAGGUGGCGUCUUCUUCCUCGAACAAGUGGAAGGGACCGGCAAUGCGUGCGGCACGGUGGCAUGCAUCCACGCCGUCGGCAACGCCGUGGCCGGCCAGGCCUUCCACGUGCCCUGGGAGACGCCCCUCGGCAAGUACAUCACCGAAGCCUCCAAGGACCAUACUCCUAAAGAACGGGGCAACCGGUUACUAGCUGCCACUGACUUGCAUCAGGCGGCGGACGACACGGCGCGGUCGGGACAGACGGAAGGCGCCGGGACGGACGACGCGGGAGAUCGUCAUUUCGUUUGUUUCUGUGAGCGCGGUGGUAGAUUAUUUGAAUUGGAUGGCCGAAAUAUCGGCGUCGACGACGAGGCGUUCCCCGUGGACCACGGCCCGACGACGCCCGAAAAUUUCGUCAACGAUGCAGCUAGGGUCAUCCGCGACGAGUUCGUCGCCCUGGACGCGGACAACCCGAACUUUAACGUGGUGGCGUUCGUGCAGUUAUAAGAAGUA